UGUGUGAUGAGCUUGUGCUAUAUUAUAUCUUCUUGAACCUUUAUGCUCAGAAACGCGGUCCCAAAGUAGGGUGGGUGUAAAGUUAGGCAUUAAUGAAAUAUAGCUCAUCUUCCGUAGAUCCAGGAGACGGCCCGCCUCCGACGUCAAAUACCUUGUAUACAAGAUUCUUGCAGCUCCGCUGAGCUUCGCGAUUCCUGAAGAAUUCCAAACUAUCCGUGAAAUGUUCGUAGAUCUUGCAACUUACGCGCGGAAGCUCGAACACGAGCUGGAUCGACUACAACCGCCACCAUCUGCGUCGUCUGCCUCGGUUCAGGCCGGAUCUUCCCCUGUUACUCAUUCUAGUACUUCGCCAUCAAACCAUGAUUCUCAAUCUGAGGACGAAUUCGAUGUAGUACAGUCAUUAUCAGCUCGAAUAAACAGGAUUGGUUUUGGUAAAUUCCGACAGCGACAUGUUUCUCCUGCAAGCCAACUGCUUCUACGCGCCGCACUUGAUAUUAGGGACGAGGUAAACGGGGCUGAAAGUCGUGUAAUGUCUAGUCGACAACGAAGACCUGAAUUUUGGCAUCCUUCUCCUUGGCAUCAGUGUUAUGAACCAGAAGAGCCCAAUUAUGUUUUUCCUGAAGAUGAUCUUAUGCGAAAUCUUGUUUCCCUAUAUUUCUCAAACGUGCAUUACCUAUUCCCUCUUCUUCACCAGCCGACAUUCGAGAACCACGUUUUUGUCGAGAAAUUACAUCUCUCCGAUUCAUGCUUUGCUGCAACCCUUCUCGCGGUGUGCUCAAUAGGUUCACGUCAUUCUAACGAUCCUCGUGUUCUUACCGAUGUGAGCCAACUUCGCUCCGCAGGAUGGAAAUACUUCAAGCAGAUUCGUCUGUCUCGCGCCUCUUUUAUCCAACCUGUAUCUUUAUUCGAAGUUCAGCUCUAUGCACUAUCCACCAUUUUCAUGCAACCAAGCCCCGUUGGGGAGGCUACUUCGUCCCUAGUUGGUAUGGGUAUCCGGUUUGCUCAGGAGGUCGGUGCACACAAAAGGCAUCCGCCUGGUAAAACCCCUCAAGAAAAGGCUGAACGCGAACUCUGGAAGCGUGCAUAUUGGGUGUUAGUUUCUCUAGACUUUUUCUCGAGCUCUUCCACAGGUCGCCCUAGAGCAACGACGGAGAAAGACAUUGAACUUGAAUUUCUAAUAGAAUGCGAUGACGAAUACUGGAUGAACGAGUCCGACCCGGAAUCAUCUUUCAUGCAGCCGCCCGAAACGCCGUCAUACGUCGAAUAUUGGAACCAUUUCCUCAGGCUUAUUUUCCUCUUCGGGGAUCUCCACCAUAUACGUUCGUCAGAGUUCCCCCCACAAGAAACCUUGAUGGAGUUGGCCGCUGGGCUCGAUCAGUGGAUGGACUCUAUGCCUAGUCACCUGCGCUGGGAUCCACACAAUCCCAACGGAAUAUUUUUCCAGCAAUCUAUGAUGCUGCAAGGUUCAUAUUAUUGGCUUCAGUGUGCCAUCCACCAUCCCUUUGUUCGCCCAGGACCAGUAUCACCCUUGAAUUUUUCAUCAUUGGCUAUAUGUACGAAUGCCGCACGGUCCUAUGUCCACCUCCUCGAUAAAUAUUUACAGCGUCCCGACGCUCUCAUGCUUCCGCAUAUGAUACCGCCAGCCUUCAUAAGCUCGGUAUUACUCUUGGUCAAUAUUUGGAAGAGCACAUGGAUGAAUUCCGCAAUGGAUCCUGAGAAGGAUAUUGCCCAAGUUUAUAGAUGUUUGGAAAUCAUGAGCAUGUACGAGGAGAGAUACGAGAUGCCAGGUCGCUUCCGAGAUGUGCUGCAGGCAAUUAUUUCGGCGAGUAGAAUACCAUCGCUAUCCCGUCAACAAUACUCCUUGAAACGGACCAGAGGGGGUGAUCUGCAAGGAAUUAUGCUCGAUGCGGGUCAUAUCAUACAUGUGCCAUCCGUUGUACAUCCGGAGUUCCCACCUGAGCCUCUUUCCGCUUUCAAUGCGGUUCCAAACGCUCCCUUUGAGCCUGCAGAUCGAGCAAACCAUGAAUCAAUCAUGCCGCUGUCGAAUUACGAUCAAGACGAUUGGAAUAAUUUCAUGAUGAUGGUUGAUGACCUGCUUCAGACUGCGAACCCUGUCUUUUAAAUUUCUCAUGAGCACGUUCUGAGUAUUAGUUUGAGUCUUUUCUAACUAUAAUGAUAUACUUAUAAUAAUCUCGAAUCUAUUAUUGUAUUUGCCCUCAACCAUUCAGGGGGUACAACAUGCUUACUCCUCAUGCGUAUAAGAAUAUUGAACAACCCAGGAAGAACCCGCGUCACCAGCGGCGUGGCACCGCUCGACGUGAGGUGGCUGAGUCAGAUUAUA